UCGACAACCAACAAGAAACAAAUAGAAAAAUAUUGAAGGAAAGAAAACCACCACAUUUAGUACCGGCGAAGAAGGAAGUUGAAGCCUUUGGGCUGUGUGAGUGUAUCUUUAGGGUUUAUUUUUCGCGGCGAUUUUCGGGGCGAAUGGCAGCUUCUAGGCUCGUGAUUUUCUCCCUCUUUUUGGCCCUAAUUUUCAAUCAGAUUAGAGCCGAUGCCUCAACCGAACCAGCGAUUGAAUCCGACUCCGCCAGUUCUUCUGCUCUGAAGGCGGAGUUGGAUCAACUGAAGUCUAAGAUCCGUUUUCUUGAAUCAAAUGUUGAGGAGAAAAUUCGAGAACUGAAAACCAAGGACGAGAAAAUAAAGGAGAAAUAUAAAAUUAUUCAACUCAAAUCUGACAGCAUCACAUCCUUGCAAACUGAAUUAUCAUCUCUUCAGAAAAAGGGAACCUCGGAUGCUGAGGAGCAGGUGGGAAAAGCUCAUGCGCAGGCACUUGAAUUGCAGAAACAGGUUGAUAAACUUAAAACUGAAUUAGAAGCAAAAUUAAAGAAAGCAGAUUCUUUGGAAGCCCGUGCCACCAAAGCUGAGAACAAGUUGAAUGAAUUGAGUUUGAAGCUAGAGAAUCUUGAAAAGAUCAAUAAGGAGCAGGUGAACAAAAUAGCAAAAACUGAUCGAGCUCUAAAUAUUGCGGAGGAAGAAUUGAUUAAGACAAAGUUUGAGGCCUCCUCAAAGGGAAAUGAAUUGAUGGAGGUUCACAGGGCAUGGCUUCCACCUUGGCUUGCUAUGCAGUUAAACCGUGGUCAGGCCUUCAUUCAGACACAUUGGACCGAGCGUGGAAAACCGGCCGUGGAUAUGGUGGUACAGAAGGCUCUUGAGAAAAAGGCCUUAGCUGAAAAGUGGGCUGAACCCCACGUGGAAACAAUUAAAACUAAAUGGGUUCCAGCUAUUAAGGAUCAGUGGGUGGUGGUAACCACACAUGCUGAACCACAUGUGCGAUCACUAAAAACAAAAACUGUUGAAGUUUAUGAAGCAUCAAAGACUGCAGUAACUCCUCAUAUUGUCAAAGUUCACGAAAUAGUUGUUCCUUACUUCCAGGAAGCAAAGAAGUUCAGUAAGCCAUAUAUUGAUCAGGUUGCUACUUUAGCAAAGCCUCAUUAUGAUAACGUUUGCAAGGUGAUGAAGCCAUUUAGAAAGGAGGUAGUUAAUGCUUAUGGAAAAUUUUUGGAAUCGGCAACAACAUACCAUCAACAGGUUCAAGCUUCCGUGCAAGACACUUUGAAGAAGCAUGAGUUGACCAGGCCCCUUGCGACCAAAGAGCUUGAGUGGUUUGCGGUAGGUAUAUUGGCAUCUGCUCUGUUGGCUCUACCUAUUAUUAUUUUGUUCAGAAUAUUUUCAUCCAUUUUCUGCAAAAAUGGAAAGAAGCGUGCUCGACAUGCUCAUACAACCCAUGGUCGUCGCAAGGGCAAAAGGGGGCACACGGACAAGUAGACUGCAUGCGUUUAGGUUUUGGCCUCUUAAUGUUGGAAAUAUUAGAGGCUAGCUGGACGUGUUGUUUUUAGAGGGUCUAGGUUAUCAUGUUGGGCAGGGAGCUGUGGCGUUGCCAUUGGAAGUGACAGAUCUUCUCUUACCCCUCAAGGUCCUUUUGUUUAUUAUUUUUUGUGGGUGAAAGAAAAUUGAGAAAAAAAUAGUGUAAGCACCCAAUUCACGCUACAAAGUUGAAAUCUUGAGGUUCAUAGUUGUAGGAGUUGUAUAUUUUAUUUAUGUUAGUGUAAUUUCAUUUCAUCUUGUUUUUUAUUCCUACGGAUAUUCAUAAAUGAAAUAACUCGUCUCUGUUUCAGAA